AUGUUGCUUUUCAGAAGCUUAGUCAGAGUUUUUCUCUUUGCAACUGUUGCUUUGGCUUUUACGGUCCAAAAACCUAAGGUUGACAGAGGUUCUAUCAACCUCUCUAUUGGUGAUAUUACAAUUCAGUCUGGCUCUUUCUGGUCCAUUUUUGACAAUACUGUUUCCAUAUUUAAAGGUGAUCUUUGGGUGCAAAAAAAUGCUGGUUUUUUUAUCACAUCCACCAACAAGUUGAUCGGUUUGAAAGUUGAACUUGCAUCAGGAUUUGGAUCUAUUAGAAACGAUGGCUUGAUCGUCUUCAACUCCCUUGUCUCUAUAACUCCAUCAUUUUACAAACUUAUUGGCAAGAGUUUUCUUAAUUCUGGAGAAAUAUUUUUGGUGUCUAGUGGUUAUGGAGUACCAACAGCUGCACUUUUGGCUCCAAUUUGGAAAAAUACUGGUUCCUUGACUUUCUUUCAGAACAAAAGAAACAACGGGGUCGUCAGUCUUGGUGCACCAGGAUUAAAAAUUGAAAAUUGGGGUCAGAUUUGUUUGUUCAAUGAACUUUAUAAACAAACGACCCAUAUCUUUGGUGAUGGUUGUAUUACCGCAGAUCAAGACUCUAGUAUUUUCUUUUCAAACUGUUUAUUGGAUAUUGAUAGUAGACAAACCGUCUACUUAGCAGACUCGAGGUCCUCGGUAAGGGCUGUGGCUCUCGCUAAGCCAAAGACUUUCAAAGUGGCUGGUUUUGGAAAUGGAAACAAAAUUGGAUUGGAUUUACCACUUAUCAGCCCAUUCCUGAAAUCAGUAAUCUACAAUGCUAAAACGGGAAUCUUAUCGCUUAGAGUUAAGGGCUUUUGGGGGCAAGACUUCAAUAUUGGUUUAGGUUACAACUCGAACAAAUUUAAGAUUACAACUGACAAUAGUCUCGGGUUGUUGAGUGUUCCAUGGGGAGCUGUCUAUUAUGACGGUCCAGUACCUAAUAAGCAGAUUCCAAGCAACUGUCAACCAUGCAAGCCCUAUCCAUCACCUCCUACAACUACUACAACGAAGACAAACGCUCAAACUACCAAAACAUCUACUUGGACUGGUACUUUCACCACCACCGUCACCGAAACUGAUACCCCAGGUGGUACCGACACUGUCAUCGUUGAAGUUCCUUCUACUCCAAACUCUCAGACUACUCUUACCUCAACUUGGACCGGUACUUUCACCACCACCGUCACCGAAACUGAUACCCCAGGUGGUACC